AUGAAGGCCGCAAAGAACGUCUUGUUGCAAGGAGCAACGUUACUCGCUACCACAGUAACUGGCUCGAGUGCGUCGAUCAAUAGCAGAGCCGAUAGCUCGGCCUGCAAACUCCCAGCAAACCAGAGCACCUACUUUAGUUCUGGGUUCGGAUAUGAGUUCGACUGCGCGCCCAGCACCGGCACACUAAACGCCUUGAUCCUCUUCGUCGAUUUCCCCGACCAGACGGCGACCGAAGUAUCGCCCCAGGAGCUCUACGACCGCCUGAUACCCCAAGCCGAGGCAUGGUUCAACACGUCCUCGUACGGCCACCUUUCUCUGAACAUCACGACGGACACCACCCGUUUCUACCGCAUGCCGAAGAACGUCGCCGAGUAUAGGAUGGUGAGGCCGCUGCAGUAUCAAGAUCACUACCGGUACGUCCAAGACGCGUUGGCCGAGUGGCUCGCUGCCACCAACACGCCGGUCCCCGAGGUCAACAGCACCGACGGCCCCCUGACGGAUGUUUUAUACGUCAUCCCGACCGCGAACGCCACGGGCAUCGAGCUUUCCGCGGCGCUCACCUCGGGAGCGUACACGUAUGAUGUCAACCACAUUGCCAGGAAGGCCGUCACGAUGGGCUUCGACACGUACGACUAUUGGGGUUACAAGGCGCUCAACCACGAGACCGGUCACACUUUCUGCUUGCCCGAUCUGUAUCCCAUCCCGGAAGGCUACUCGACCCAAUACACCGGCAACUUCGACAUGAUGGCCAACGUUGCUGCGUCCAGCCCGGACUAUUUCGCCUGGAACAAGUGGAGGCUGGGCUGGCUCUCAGAUGACCAAAUCGAGUGCGUCGUUCCGCCGGCUGACGGCAGCGCUUCCAGCAACGGCUCUACGUCGACGACGCACAAGCUCUCGCCGCUCGAGACCGUCGGCGGCGUCAAGGCAGUGGUCGUGAAGAAGAACGAGAGGGCGGCACUGGUGGCCGAGGUGCGCUCGAAGAACGGCAACAACGCCGGCGGCUGCGUGACGGGCGUUCUGCUCUACACCGUGGCGACGGACCUGGCCACGGGCGAGGGCCCGAUACGGGUGCUGGAUACCAACCCCAGCUGGGGCGCAUCGGCCUGCACAUUUGACGACCUUGACAAUGCGCCUCUGAACUUUGAUGCCGAGGGUGUUACCUCAUACACGGCGGCAGACUGGGGCGUCACGGUGACGCUGGUCGGGCGAGACGGCGAAGACUACACGAUCCGUAUAGACACAGUAUAA